AUUAUAGGUGCGUUCAUUGAUUCAGCAUAAAGAAUUCUGAUGUGUCAUUGUUCAUCUCUUACCUUUUUCAUUGUUGGGCUUGAUUGCAUUAGAAAUCUUAAGUAGAUGAGACUUGUAAUUGGAAACUAUUGAUAAAUAGAUGCUUUACGAAUUCUGAACAAAGAGAGUGGUUUUGGUAUCUGUAGAUGAUUUACAUAUGAUAUAAGGUAGAUGAUAUAAACAUAUGAUAUAUGAUUCAGUCAAAGAAGCUUACGCUCGUGCUAAAUCGGCGAAAUCGCCGACGAAUCCACAAGCUUUGUUUAUUGAGGAAAGAUCAUGUGUUUGGAGCUAUGUCGAUCUAAGAUUGUAACGGAUUUGUAUCUCGUGAUCUCUAGUCCUGUCCUUGUUUUUGUUUAUAUGGUUUCUGGAUUUGAUUAAAUCUUGUUGGUGAAUUAAAGUUUGGAUGAUGAAGACGAAGUUUGCAUCUGCGAGGAACUUGACGAUUUGGUACUUGGAGAACUUGAGGAUCUAUGUGACAUUUAUGCAGGCUGAAGAAGGCACUAGAAUGGACAUCUCAGUUUCUGUGCCACCAAGUGAUACAUGUUCAACGUCUGAAAAAGGACAGGGCAAUUAUUCAUUAUUUUUGCCUCCUGCUCGAGAUUCUACUGUGAUUCCUAUAGGAAGUUCACAUUCAACGGCUGCACAUGAAAAUCAGAAGAACCUCAUCCUUCAGUUGGAACUUCUUCUAUCUCUGCAGCACAUGAAAACCAGAAGGUAAAAACUCAAUUUCAUAGGUUUUAGGAAGGAUACAUUUAGGUUUAGGAUGACCUUCCUAAAUACUG